AUGAAAACGAAGAAAUUAAGUUCAACAGCUCAGUCGGAUGCCGUAGAAGCGACAUUUAUCUGCAUUGGUCUUGGUCAACACACUCCAAUUCCGAUGCAGUUUUGGAAAAUGCAAGGUAUCUGGCAGUAUCAACUGGGUAUCACAAAGUUGACCAAAGUAAAUUUCUUCGGUUUUAUUACUAGAAAAAAAAAGCGUAGUUAG